AUGGUUAAAGUCGCAGUAUUAGGUGCCGCUGGUGGUAUUGGUCAACCAUUGUCCUUGUUGACCAAAUUGAACCCAAAUGUCGAUGAAUUGGCAUUGUUUGAUGUCGUCAAUGUCCCAGGGGUUGGUGCUGAUUUAGGACACAUCAACUCAAACUCCACCACUGAAUCAUUCUUGCCAUCUUCCAAAGAAGACAAGACUGCAUUGGCCAAUGCUUUGAAAGGUGCUGAUCUUGUAAUUAUUCCAGCGGGUGUUCCAAGAAAACCAGGUAUGACUAGAGAUGAUUUGUUCAACAUCAAUGCUUCCAUUUGUCAAGGAUUGGCUGAAGGUAUUGCUGAAAACAGUCCAAAGGCAUUUGUGUUGGUUAUUUCCAACCCAGUUAACUCAACCGUGCCAAUUUUUGCUGAAACUUUGAAAAAGAAGGGUGUUUAUGAUCCAGCUAGAUUGUUUGGUGUUACUACUUUGGAUAUUGUUAGAGCCAACACUUUUAUUGCUCAAUUGUACCCAAAGGACACUAAGCCAACUGAUUUCAAUGUCAAUGUUGUUGGUGGACACUCUGGUGAAACUAUUGUUCCAUUGUACUCUAUUGGUUCAACCAAAAAGUAUUACGAUGAAUUGAAUGAAGAACAAAAGAAGGCUUUGAUCCACAGAGUCCAAUUUGGUGGUGACGAAGUUGUUCAAGCCAAGAAUGGUGCUGGUUCAGCUACUUUGUCUAUGGCUUAUGCUGGUUACAGAUUAGCUGAAUCCAUUUUGAAGGCUGUUAGAGGUGAAAGUGGUAUUGUUGAAUGUACUUUCUUGAACUUGGACUCAUCUAUCAAGGGUGCUUCUGAAGCCAAGAAGUUGGUCAAGGAUUUGUCAUUCUUUUCCUUGCCAGUUAAAUUGGGAAAGAACGGUAUUGAAGAAGUCCAAUACGAUAUCUUGAACAAGGUUAGCGACGAUGAGAAGAAGUUGUUGGAAGUUGCUAUUGAACAAUUGUCCAAAAACGUUGAAAAGGGUGUUGCAUUUGCCAACAAAUAA